AUGGCGUCCGACGCGCUUUUCCCCAUUUUCUCGCAGGGGGUCGGGUACGGAAUCGUGAUAGGGCUGGGCGCCGUGUUCGCAAUCCUCAUGAGUCUUACAACUUUUGCCUUGAAAAAAUACAUGUCCGAAGUCCAGGACUCCGAGAUGUAUCUAACAGCGAAACGCUCCGUUCGAUCUGGACUCAUCGCAUCCUCUGUCGUCUCCUCGUGGACUCUGAGCGCAACUCUGCUCUCAACUACUAACUUCGGCUAUCUAUACGGCAUUGCUGCGACUUUCUGGUUUGGCGCAGGUUGCUCGGUCCCCAUCUUGACCUUUGCUGUCUUGGCCAUCGAGCUGAAGCGUAAGGCCCCUAAUGCGCAUACAUUCUUGGAAUUGGUUAAGCACCGGUAUGGGGCGCCGGGGCAUAUUGUCCUCGCAAUCUAUUCACUCAUUUACCAAAUCUUUAUCUCGGUCAAUUUGCUCGUGGGUGGUGCGGCUGUCUUCCAUUUGACGACCGGCAUGCAUCAGGUGGCAGUGUGCUUUUUGUUUCCACUGGGAGUCAGUGUUUAUACAUUCGUUGGAGGUAUAAAGGCUACUUUUCUAACCGAGUGGGUCCACACGGUCAUUCUGUUCAUCAUCAUGCUCGUCUCAAUGUUCGUCAUGUACGCGACCUCGUCCCAUGUCGGUUCGCCAGGCAGAAUGUGGGAGCUGUUGAGGGCUGCGUCCGAGAUUCGGCCUGUGGAGGGCAAUGCCGAGGGCCAGCUGCUCACAAUGAAGAGCGUCUAUGGCGGACUUGUUGGGCUGACCUUCCUCGGCGGUGGGUUCUCUGCAACGGUGGAUUCACAACUGUUUCAGAAAGCGAUUGCUGCAGACCCUAAGUCCACGGUUGCCGGGUACCUCUUGGGGGCUCUGUGCUGGUUCACCAUUCCAUUCUGUAUCGCAACAACAUUCGGUCUCGGCGCUGCAGCCCUCGAGAAUACUCCGGCAUGGCCGACAUACCCAGAGCUCAUGUCCGCCGACACCAUCGCCAACGCGCUCCAAAUGCCGUACGUGGCUUACGCAAUCCUCGGCAAAGGUGGUGUUGUCGCUGUUCUCCUCAUGCUCUUCCAGGCGAUUACAAGUGCCCUUAGUUCCGAAACAGUCGCCGUAACCAGUCUCGUCACAUAUGACUUCUACAGAGCGUAUAUCAAGCCCUCUGCUACUGGAAAGGAGCUUAUAUUCGUCUCGCACGUUGCUGUGGUCGUGUACAGUAUACUCGUUGCGCUCGUGGCGGUGGGUCUUUGCUACGCUCAUUUCUCGGUCAGCUUUAUCGUUACGGCGAUCGGUAUUAUUAUCGAUGGAGCGGUAAUCCCCAGCGCAUGCACCUUGUUUUGGCGGAAACAGAGCAAAUAUGCCGUCACACUCGUGCCAAUUCUCAGCUCCAUCGCUAGUAUAGGGACCUGGAUCGGGGUCGCGUACCGGCGAGAGGGCGUCGUCAGUGUGGCGACGUUGUCUGGAUUCUAUCCCUGCGUGGCGGGCAACAUGCUGGCCUUGACGGCUCCGAUCGUCCUCACCCCACUGGUUACUUACCUCAAGCCCGAGAACUACGAUUUCGCCAAGUUCCGGGAGAUUGAGUUGGUCGACGAUAGUGCCAUCCGGGACGGGGUUUCCGCGAAGCCCCCUGCAGGGAGUGAGAAAAGGAACGAUAUCUCUGAAGCUGAACCGGGUACGAGUUCAACGCAGGAACAAGAGCGCGCCGACCUGCUAAGGGCACGGAAUAUUGCCCUUGGAGCUGCGUUGUUUAUUGCAAUCUCCAUGACCAUUCUCUGGCCGAUUCCCAUGUAUGGGACUGGAUACAUAUUCUCCAAGGGAUUCUUUACUGGGUGGAUUGUUUUUACGUUCAUCUGGGGAUUCUUUGGGGCUGUUACCAUUACUUGCUUUCCGCUUUGGCAGAGUCGGCGACAGAUUGUUGCAUUCCUUACGGCUGUUUUUGGUGGGUUGAGUAACCGGAAGCAAGAAGAGGUAAUCUGA